AUGGGUGUGGGAGCAUCGUCCUGCCCUGGAGGAUGGAUGUUCUAUCAAGGCAGCUGCUACGGAUUUUUCCAAGACAAACUGUCCUGGGCUGAAGCAGAGAUCGAGUGCCAGAGUCAAGGCCGCAACGGCCACCUUGCUUCUAUUUGGAGCCGAGCUGAGGGAGCUGUGUUGGCCAGACACAUUAAGAUGUAUCGGCAAGAGUGUGUUCCUGUCUGGAUUGGACUGCAUGACCCCCAGAGGGUGGUUUCCAGCUCCUAA